AUGGUAACGGCGGGAAGGGUGCUCGGCGCCGCCGUAGGGGGUGCAGGAGUUGCCUAUGCUGCAUCAGACAGCGUGCGUGGUCCUGUAGAUGAAUUUGUCAAGAAGCUGACUGCAGCCUUUGAGGAUUUCAACGACACCUCUCGCGAGUUCUUCGAGAACACCGGAGAUAGACUUCUGGGCAAGCGCCAGGAGCCGUGGCUGCUUGAUCGGCAGACCAUGAAGUACGAUGAGAUGCUCCCCACAUUGGUGCUUGACUUGGACAAGGUGAUCCUUCACCUUCAUCAUGAGAGCAAGCAGGGCUGGCAAGUUGUGAAGAGACCCUUCGCAGACCAGUUCUUCAAGGAGAUCUGCCACUACUACGAGUUGGUGAUCUUUUCGGACGAUGUGUUUCCAGUGGCUUUGGACAUUGUGUCAAAGUGGAACCUUCCCAUCUCUGGUGUUCUCCAUCGAGAUUUCUGCAAGAAGAAGCGAAAUCACUUCGUGAAGGAUCUCUCGAAGUUGGGACGCAGGUUGGACCGCACCCUCAUGAUCGACCACGAUCCAGCUGCUUUCCAGCUACAGCCGGCCAACGGCAUUGUCAUCCGGCCCUUCGAGGGCGACACCAGCGACACUGAGCUUGCAGACCUCCUCGAGUUUCUGAAGGCGGCCGCAUGCUGCCCAACCGACCUCCGCAAGUUUGUUGAAAAGUACGGUGGCGGAGAUCAAGAUGUUGGCAGGCGUUAUCUGGUACAGAAGCAGGAGCAGGACAAGCUAGUCGAAAGCCGCAGAUCUUUUGGAAGGGCUUUCGGCAAGAAUCCCUCCAUGGGGGCUCCACCUGGGCAGUUUGGCGGCUUUGGAAGCUUGCCGCGAUAG